CAAAAUCUUACACAAUGAUUACAUAAAUAUCUUUCGCGUCAUUUUCUAUCGAUCAAUCAAUUAUUGAUUAUCAUUUUCUUCCAUUAAAUCUGUUCUUUUAAAAAAUUUUUAGCAAGCCGGAUUUGGUACACAAUGAAGAGAAAACGAAAAAACGCGGAGUCGAUUUCCCGUGAAUUGCGAAAACACAAUGCUACCUCUGUCUUAGGAUCACAAAUCAAUCCGCGGAAUCUCUAACCCCCUAAUUAUCCGAACCAAUUAUGACUAAGGUCUCGAGCCAUCGGAACGUCACGUUGGGUCCUUGCAGUGAAGGGUGGGAUGAGUCUACGGUCUGGUGGGGACCAUUUCUAUAUAAUCGACGGUGAAGGUGCCUGUCUCUUCAUAUCCUAUCAGUGACUACGUUUCUUUAACAGCCGUCUUCUACGUCAAUCUAUUUUUUUCCAAGAAACAAGUGAUACAAGAUGAUGCUAGUGCCGCUGGCCGUAGUGCUCUUCGCGGCGUUCGUUAACGCCGAGCCGGCGAUCAAUGAAGCCCGACCGCACAGUAACCGACCUGGAAGAUUCUUAUCUCUUCCAAUACCGCAAAAGUGCUCAAAUCGGCCGAAGCAGUUUAACUUCCGAGGGCACAACUAUUUCUUCAGCGGACAUGUCACAGUCCAUGCCAAUCAAAAAGUUGACUGGUUAGACGCUAGGAACAUUUGUAGAGAAUACUGUAUGGACCUUAUCUCGAUAGAAACCCAAGAAGAAAACAAUAUGAUCUUCAGGCUCAUCCAACAGAACGACAUUCCGUACAUCUGGACGUCCGGACGUCUCUGCGACUUCAAGGGUUGCGAGAACCGGCGUGACCUCGAGCCUAAGGCCCUGCACGGUUGGUUCUGGUCGGCGAAUCGCGAGAAGAUGGCGCCUACUAACCAGGUGCCAAACGGUUGGGGCUUCAAUCCGUGGUCGCAGACUGGCCACAAGAAGGUCAAGCAGCCGGACAAUGCCGAAUAUGACAUCAACGGCACCAACGAGUCCUGCUUGUCCGUAUUGAACAACGUUUACAACGAUGGUAUCGCCUGGCACGACGUUGCGUGCUACCACGAGAAGCCGUUCGUCUGCGAGGACUCCGAGGAGCUGCUCAACUACGUGGCUAGCACCAACCGCGGCAUCCGCCUCUGAAGCGAUCGCGGUCAGCCGACACCUAUAUGGUGAUCACGAUCGUCCAUCAGCGUCAUAUCAGCACCCACUCUCCCUUCUAUACUUCCCGUCGCGGGACCGACGAGACACGUGCCAAAUAGAGACACGUGAUUUCCAUGACGAUCGUGUUGUCCUUGGUUCUCGGAUGAUCACAAAGAAUUUUUAAUCGCGUUAGAUGUUAGAAAAAAAAUUUGCAAAAUCCCUCGUAAUUAUAAUGGAGUUAUAAUUCAUACGAACGCUAAAUAUAAUUCUUUAUAAUUACAUUUUAUGUCGAAGUAUAUACAUAGCUUUUAUAAUAUGUUCGACUGAAUAUCGUUCAAUAUAAUUAAUCGAGAUUGCUAGAAUUGUAAUUUUGUAGUUUACCGUUCUAAAAUUAUUGUAUUUUUUUAUUUACCGAAUUUUUGUAUGAUUUUUGUAUUUCACGAUUGUGCCAACGUUUUGUAUCUUUCUAUACAAGGCAAAUUUCUUGUUCCACGAGCACUUUUAGUUUAUGUGAUCAUCGGAGAAUUGUUUACGGCAUUUUGUAAAAAUAAUACAAAAAAAAAACGAUUUGUGGGAAAAUAUGCGCAUGAAGAAUCAAUAAUUCGAUAAUUUUAUAUACGAUUCUAGUAAUCAGUAACGUGGAAUUUUAGAAACGCGCUGAUAAAAGUCUCUCAACAAUUCACAUAAAAUCUUGUACAGCGACUCAUUCAUUGCAUUAUUUGGUGCUGUGACUUCGAUUUAAAGUAUUUCAUUGUAUAAAAAUCAACUUAUCUACUUAUAGCAAUUAUCACUAUACAAAAGUUUAUAGUUUGCAAAAUAUGUUAGAUUAUUGAUUGGAAAAGAAUAUUGAACGUGUCUCGUCGUUACGCUUUUUGCACUCAUAUCGAGGAAAUUCCGCUAAUAAUUUGUAUUUCAUUCAAUUUGUAAUCACAGUAUCCGCGGAAAAAAAUAAUUAAUUGUAUACAUGUAUUUAUUGAUAGAUAUUUGGCUGGCAGUCUCUGUACAUUUAUGAAUAAACGUUAAUCUUACAUAAAUU